AUGUGGUUGACGCGGGUCCAAGACGGCCCCGAAACAACCACAAAGGACAACGUGAGGGUGAAACAGUCAGCAAUUUUCGAGGAAGAUGACGCAAGCCGUCGAACAGACUACGAAACAUUAAACAACGGACCAGAUACACAUUCGAAUUUUCGACAACUGCCCUCGGAGGAAAUGGCCCACAGGCGAAACAUCGGCAUCAGGGGCACUGAAAAUAUUCCGAGCAUAGUGCCCUUGCUUCCAACCACGGAUGUAUCAACAAUACUGGGUGGAUCAAAGGAGCCACAGUCACCAAACCAGGCAUUCGAGCUGGUCGCAGCAGCGUCUAGCAGAGAUGGAGAAUGUACUAGUGCAGAACGUGAAACGUCAAAUGCUGUCGUCUACAGACGUUUUACUGCAUCCGAGGUAGAGAACGCAAGAUCGCAGGGCCAGAGGAAAUCACGAAGUGGAGAGACAGGAUUGUGGUGGCGUGAAAGAAACAGACAUGGUCCCCUUGCCACCUCUAAAGCAGGCGUUAGGAGACAGUGGCAUAACUGCGUCAACAAGACUGUCGACAACUUAUCACAGUCCCGGGACAACAUGAGGGCAGGUGUGGCUGCAUUUAUGGACGAAGAUGCUAGUCCAGGCUCCGCCGAAAAACAUGCUCCGAAUCCGCACAUCGGGGAACAGACCAAAUGGCGCGACCACUUUGUGCAAGAGGGUGCCCAAAGGCAAAGGCAAGAAAACGCCCCUCAAUGGUCAGACUGGGCCAAUGGGAGGCUCGAUCGACACUCGGAGGGCAAGCCUGUUGGUAGGGUGCUUCGUCUAGGCCUUGGGGUAGGACACAUGGUCGAUGGAUGUGCCCUCUCCGCAGCCAGUUCGUCGCGUUCACCAGCGGCGCAAGUCCUCACACCACAGGUUCGACUAACAUCAGCGGUGCUGGCGGAACUAUUCGGAAGACAAGAGGUUGGACCCAACAGAGGGACCUGCGACGAGCGCUGGGAUAGAACCAAUUUCGGCGUGUGUGCCAAACGGAACGACUCCAGAACGGGAGAGAAGUGCGUGCAACGCGAGGUUGAAAAAUCGGCAUCUCUCCGAAGAAUUGUGGCAUGGAUUAACUCCCAAAUAGUCGCAGAAGAGAGAGCUGAUGAUAUCAAAAAUAACGGUGAAAUGGACGCCGCCCAAACAUGCAAAUUCACUAAGGUGACCAGUCUGUUGUACGCGGCGGUAAAACAGGUAUGUCCAGGAAUGCGAACCGUUAGGAGAUGGAUGAGAAAGAGAGCACACCUUUCCUCUCUGUGCAAGCCGGUCUCAACACAGGGUACGCUCAGUACGACUAUAGAGACCCACUGCGAGACAAGUCGGUUGAAUAGUUACCAACCGGCACAAAUUUCAGUUCUAUUACAUCAACAGCAGGAUACCUUGGUGGCCAACGGCAAUCUAAGUAGCCAAGCGGAAAUGCACCUUUGGAAGACUGGUUUCGCAUUAGCCCAGCAUCAUCAAACGGGAUCAACUGCCUUCUUUGCCUCCCACUCAGCAACCAACAGCUGCAGUCUGGCCCACAUUACGGGUAUCGUGGAGAACCGAUACGGCGAAACUGCAACAGCUCCGAGAGCAGUCGGGAGGGAUCAGGUUUUGGUAAUGGCUACACAAAUACCCGAAGGUCUAGUAGAACAGCUGAAGCGAACAGAUCGAGGGGAUCAACAAAAACUGCUUGUAACAGCAUGCAAUGAGGCUACUGAGAUUACCGGAAGCGAAAUCGGAACGGUAGACGCGUCCGAAAAAACCAACUUUGGAACAAUGCCGCCUCGAGAUUGGCAGACGAACAGAAACGCCUACAGAGAGGACACAGUGCAGACCGGCUGGUCAGGGCUUGGAUAUGAAACUGGACCGGCAGUCAGUCAGUCGGCCGGGGCCAUCGCAGCGGCUGCCGACGUAAGAAAAAACGAGAGGAGGCAUCCCAAAGACGAGCCUCAAAAAGAUGACUGUAGUAGCAACAGCGGGGCGAGCCUUGUAGUCAAUGUGCGAGUACGGGUGGCCAUUGACGAGCGCGCUUGUAAGGGAAAAGGGAACCACAAAGUGAAACGGCACACUAACGUGCGGGGUGGUGGCACCACCAAGGACGGAUGUCUCAAAGCCGGCCUGCAUGAGGCUCCCGAUGCCGGUGGAGUGGUAAAGGCUAGAGACGGAAGCCCUCACAUCUACCAGGCAGGUGGGGCUGCGAAAACGCAAACGAUCAAACCAGAGACUCGCAUUGGAUUUGGAAACAGCAGUACAAGUCGCCAAAGCUCACACCUGAGUGAAGAGGACCUGAAGGGAGUGAAAGUGGAGCAGAAAAGAGAAAAAGCAGAAAAGAAAAAGAACACAAAAUCCCAAAAGAACAGCUCAGUGAUGCUGCCGAGUCCAGGUCAGGCUAGCGAUGACCUACACUUCGCUCCUGAAAGUGGACUGUUCAAGAAUAAACUUGGAAGCAUAGGAAGCCAGGAGGGUAGUUCAGAGGGGAAGGAGGGAUACAACAGCAGGCGGAGCCGCAGCAGUGGGUCAACAGCUAAACCAGAUGCAGAAACUCUGCAUGAGGAGAGGGAGGUGGUAAUUGCUGAUGAGCGUGGUGGAGGAUGGAAAGAAACUACUAAGAGCGCAACGUCCCCUAAAAACGGUCCAGUCAAGACGGCGAAUCAAAAGGAAAUAAGCGAUGGUCUAAAUAUCGCUACUGAAGGCGGGUCGCAUAAGCCUGGAUCCGAAGCCCCACAAAGAAAUGAGGGAAGUCCUGCGGAAUUGCAGGUGUACAAAACAAGAAGCAAAAAGAGCUCAAAAUCCGUCAAGGACGAUUCUCAGAAGUCAACAGACGCUCGACGGUCAAGCGAUGAGAUCAGUGGAACUGCUCAAAGCGGGCCACGCAACAUGGGGUCGUAUGAUCGAAGAGAACUGCCGGACAGCAGCCCUGAGGACCAAGUAAGCAAGAAGGGUAAAAGCCGUAGAUCAGAGGUCCCAGCACCAGUGGCAGCGGCAGUAGCAAACACAGACGACCUACUCAAAGAGAGAGAGUUGUCAGGAGUUGAACAGGAGCAGGGUAGAGGAACCAAAGGGAGGAAUGAGAGUACUAAGUCCUCCAAGAAUGGUUUAGUAACAUCAACAGAUCCUAACCGGUCAACUAGUGGCGUAAAUUUCACUACUCAAGGCCAGGCGCAAGUAAAUGUACCGGAAGACACAGAAAGGAUAACCGGGCGCAAGGGCAAGGCGACUAAGGGCGGUGGUCCGGUAGACAUGGCAGCAGUUACAGCGAUCCUAGAAAACCCCCAAGUAGAGGGGAACCUGGAGGGAACAGAAGAAGACCAAAACGGAGGAGGGGGAAAAAGGAAUGAGAGCACAGGAUCUCGUAAAGGUGGUUCGGUGACCUCAGCGGAUCCUAAUCGUCUGAGCGCUGCCACUUCUCAAAGCGGACCGCAGCAAACAGUAAGCGAGAAGGGUGGAAUCGGUCAGCCAGUAACAACCACAGCAGCUAAAGUGAGCAUUACCAACGCAGACGGCCAGUACGAGGAGGGGAAGCUGGUGCGUGUUGAGGAUGAGCAAAGCAGAGGAGUAAGCGCAGGAAAUGAGAGUUCAGGGUUCCGCCAAAACGAAUCGGCAAUUCCCCUUGGGGGAGGUCAAUCAAGUAAGGAGCUUCAUGUCCUAGCUCAGAAUGAGCAGCAUGAAACUACAUUGGCAGACAGAGGAGGGAAGAGAGGCCCAGAGGAAACAGAAGUGGACAAAAGCCAGGGCACGAAGAGCGCCGGCCCGACAGACUUUACAGUAGUCACGGUCAUCGCAGAAAAUUCGUCUGUGGACGGGAAGCCAGAGGAAAUUAAAGAUGGACCACAGGGAGGAAAUGAGGCAACGGGUGAGAGCACAGGACCGCGUAAAGGUAGUUCAGUGGUACCAGAAAAUCUAAAUCUCUUGAGCGAUGGUCUAGGUGUCCUUACUCAAGACGGGCCGCAUGAGACCGCACUGGAUCUCCCACGAAGAGGAGAGGGCGGACUUGAAAUUACGGAAGGACGCGAAGGCGAGAAGACUGGAAUGAGUGGGCCAGCAACCAUCACAACAGCCAAAGCAACCACAGCAAAUUUAGACGCCAUGUACGGGGAAGGGGAGUUGGUGAGUGUUGAAUAUGAGCAAGGUGUAGAAGAGAGAGCAGAGAAUAGGACCUCAAGACCCCUCGAAAACGGAUCAGUAGCUUUUAACGAUCUUUACGCUCUGGCUCAAAGUGGUCUGCAGGAGGCUACACUGGGAGACAGAGGGCAGACAGAUAGUCCAGAAGGGACGGGAGUGCAUGGAAGCAAGGAGGCUAAAAUCGGUGGAUCAGCAGACGCAGCCAUUAUAGAAAAUUUGCAUAACGAGGGGAAACCAGGGGGAAUAAAUGACGAGCAGAACAAAGGAGAGGAGACAGGGAGUGCGAACGCAGGACCUCGUAAAGGUGGUUCAGUGCUAUCAGCAGAUCCUAAUCAUUGGAUCGGUGGUCUACAUUUUACUACUCCAAAUGGGCUGCACGAGACUGCAUUUGAUCUCCCGCAAAGAGGAGAGGAGGGACUUGAGGAGGCAGAAAGACGCAAGAGCCAGAAAGGUGGAACGAGUGGGUCAGUGGUGGCGGCUAUGACAAGUGAUACCAGAAAGAGCGGUGCCGUCCGCUCAACUAAUGACUUUGGAGAAAACGGAGGAGGAGUAGGAGGAGAAAAAGAACGUGAUAUAAGGCGCCCCACCGAAACAGAUAAUGCAAUCCGCUCUCUAGAUGAAGGUGGUCCAGGCGGCAGUUUCGGCCAAACACCCACAACAUGGGAAAUAGUGCAGAUGGUAACGAUAGACGACAGCACCAACCUGCCCGAUGAGCUGACCUUGGAGAGCGAAACCGAGAAAUUCAUACGGAAACUGGCGAACCAGUCGACGGCGACGCGAUGUCGCAGACUUGGGGACACAAAUGUCCUCCUCGACAGGCUCAUAAUGGACACGGCGAGGUCCAUCCGGAGAGGGGUGCGAGCAGUGGGGGGAAAAGGGAGAUGA